AUGGAGAAUCUGGAAACUGAAUUAUGCUUUCCACAACUGCUCAACACCUCCUGCAGGAGGACAAAACGCCAAACUCACUCUGAGACCAUGUUUGCUUAUUUCCUGCUGUCCUCCAUCUCACUGCUUACUAUCUGUCUGAACCUGCUGGUCAUCAUCUCCAUCUCUCACUUCAAGAAGCUCCAAACUCCGACCUGCCUCUUCCUCCUCUCUCUGGCUGUAGCAGAUUUAUGUGUGGGCUUCCUCAUGUUCUUCCAGCUCAUGCUCAUAGAGGGCUGCUGGUUAUUUGGUGACUUUGUUUGUGCUCUUUAUCAGUAUUUAUCUUUAAUCAUCACUAAUGUUUCAACAGGGACUGUAAUGUUUAUUUCUUAUGAUCGCUAUGUGGCCAUUUGCCAGCCUUUACAAUACUCCUCAAAACUGACACCAAAGAGAGUUCAGUUCUAUAUUUAUCUCUAUUGGAUAUUCUCUACCAUCUUCCAAAGUCUGAAAAAUAUGGAAAACCUCCAGAACCCAGGCAGGCAUCAUGCUUGUGUUGGAGAGUGUUUAUUUUCUGGUGAUGACAUCAGUGCCAUUGCAGAUCUAAUUUGCACCUUUCUUCUCCCUAUCUCUGUUAUUGUUGUUCUGUACAUGAGGGUAUUUGUGGUGGUUUUAUCUCAGGCUCAGGCCAUGCGCUCUCAUAUCAGUAUCACUGUGAAACUCCAGCAGUCUAGAGUCCAAACUGUUAGAAAAAGUGAAAUGAAAGCAGCCAGGGCUCUUGGUGGUGUUGUAGUCGUCUUCUUGUUGUGUACCAUCCCUGGUUUUUGUCUCUUACUCUCAGGUAAAGAUAUCCUGUUUAAUGCUUCACAUUCUGCUUUUGUUAUAUGUUUGUUUUAUUUUAACUCCUGUCUGAACCCUUUGAUUUAUGCAUUUUUCUAUCCCUGGUUUAGGAAGUCAGUCAAACUCAUCGUAUCUCUGAAGAUACUGCAGCCUGACUCCUGUGAUGCCAACAUACUGUAA